AUGUUCAAUAGAAUCGUGAAAGCCAAAAAGGAAAGUAAAGGUGUGGUUUUAUCGGAUGGCAAGCGGUUCAACGGGAAAAGUCGCUUUACCGAUUCAUUAGCAAUAAAGUUUAAAAUCCAUUUUGCUAAAGCUAUCUGCGAUAGCAAACACGACCUAAAAGGAUUAUACAAAAGAUCGUUGGCUAUCUUUCACCAACACUAUUCUACAAACAAACAGCCUAUGCACGAUUGGUGCGAUGGACGAUGCUGCAAAUACAUUCAAGCAACUACAACUGGCGAAGAAUAUAAUCAUAAUUCAAGAUCGAUUAUACCACGAGUUUGCCUGGAUUUAGUAAGACCUGUUUUCGAUGAAUUAUGCUGUGUGAACAACUUGAUACGGGGUUGUGAAUGGCGGCUCGCACAACGCCAAUGA